GAUGCACCAGGCUUGCUCUCGCCCAGCACUGCUCUAGAGGGAAGACUGGAGAGGCUCUGCUCCUAAGGAUAUUUACCAGAUGUUGCUGUGAGCUGGGGAGAGACGGAAGAAUACACUCAAAAUGGAAGAAGAAGAAUAUGAGGAAGUUGUGGAGUACUACAUUGAGGAGACAAUUGUUGAGGAGGGUGAACCAUAUGAGGUGGUCACUGAGAUCACUGAGAGCAGUAGCACAGAAUUCACAGGUCCCACAACCGUCACCCAUACGAUUGAGUAUGAAAAAACUUCUGGUGAGGAACCGGCAGCAACUCCGAUCAGAAAGAAGACGAUACGGACAAAAGUGGACUCUUCUAAGUUCUUGACACCUUAUCUGCAGCACAGUAAUAAAAUGAAGGACCUGUUCAGUGAGAACAAGUACAAAGAAAAGUUUAAUAAAGAAAGAGGAAAGCCAUAUGCUUCCACAGUUGAUACGCCAGAAAUUCGGAGAAUCAAGAAAGUGCAGGAUCAGCUCAGUGAGGUGAAAUACCGCAUGGCUGGGGAAGCUGCUCGAACUAUUUGCCACGUUGAUGAAAAGGCCUGGGAUAUAGAACAUGCAAAGAAGGUCUCUCAGCAAGUGAGCAAGGUGUUAUAUAAACAGAACUGGGAGGAGAAUAAGGACAAGUACUUACUUCCCCCUGAUGCCCCAGAGCUUGUAAAUGCAAUAAAAAAUACAGCAAUGUUCAGUAAGAAACUCUAUACAGAAGACUGGGAAGGAGACAAAACAUUGUUCUAUCCGUACAAUGACAGUCCAGAGCUCAGAAGGGUGGCACAGGCUCAAAAAGUUCUGAGUGAUAUUGUCUACAAAAAAGGGCACGAUGAACGAAAAUCUAAAUAUACUUCUCUGCCAGAUCCACCUGAUGUGGAACAAGCCAGGAAAGUGACGAGGCAGCUGAGUGAUGUUAUUUAUCACGAAGACUAUAAAAACAAGAUCAAAGGCAAGUGGAGUCAAACUCCGUGCUAUGACGUUGCAAUUGCAAAAAUGAAUGCAGAAAACAUAAGCAUGAAAAAAUACCAGGAAGACUUUGAAAAUGUGAAAGACCAAAUCUACUUUAUGCAGACUGAAACUCCAGAAUAUGAAGCUAAUAAGCGAGUUUCAGAGAAUGUCAGUAAGAUAAAAUACAGAGCAGACUAUGAGAAGAACAAAGCCGUUGCAGAUUAUAACGUGCUUCCUGCUACAGAGAACCCACUGCUGAGGCAAUUAAAGACUGCAGGAGAUGUCCUGAGUGACAAAUUAUACAAAGAAGCCUAUGAGCAAUCCAAAGGAACAAGCAUAAACUACUGUGAAACACCAAAGUUCCAGACUGAUAGUGCUCUGAAGAAUUUCAGUGAUGUGAAAUACAAAGAUGCUUAUCAGAAGAAUAUCUUGGGACACUAUUUGGGCAGUUUUGAGGACCCGCAUCAGAUCCACUGUAUGAAAGUCGAAGCUAUGAAGAGUGAUAAAAAUUACAAAGCGGAUUAUGAGGAAGAAAAGACAAAAUGCUACUUCCCUCAGACCAUAACUCAAGAAUAUGAAGCUAUUAAGAAGUUAGAGCAGUGUAAAGAUCACACCUACAAAAAGCAUCCUGAUCAGAUCAAAUUUACUCAAGUGACUGACUCUCCAGUGCAGAAGCAAGCAGAGAUCAAUAGCAAGCAGCUGAGUGAUAAACUCUACAGAUCUUCCGGAGAAGAAGUGAAACAUAAAUACACUCUCCCCCCAGAUGUCCCACAGUUUAUCCAAGCCAGAUACAAUGCUGCAAAUGUCAGUGAUGCCUAUUAUAAACAGGACUACCACGAUCUAAUAGCUAAAGGGACCAACGUGUCACUUGAUGCUAUUCCAAUUACUCGAGCAAAAGCAUCAAGAAACAUUGCUAGUGAUUAUAAAUACAAGGAAGCAUAUGAAAAGGCUAAAGGAAAACAGGUUGGUUUCAGAAGCCUGCAGGAUGACCCCAAGCUCGUUCACUACAUGCAUGUUGCAAAGAUUCAGUCCGAUCGUGAAUAUAAGAAGGACUAUGAGAAGAGCAAGACUGUCUAUCACACACCUCCUGACACAUUCAGUAUCCAGGCUGCAAAAAAGUCUCAGGAUGUAGCUUCCACUGCCCACUACAAAAAUCUGAUCCAUCACUACACGUAUCUGCCAGAUGCUAUGGAUGUUGAGCUUGCAAAGAACAUGAUGCAAAUUCAGAGCAAUAAUGUAUACAAACAAGACUAUAACAGUUGGUUCAAGGGUAUUGGAUGGAGUCCUCUCGGCUCUCUGGACGUGGAAACAGCUAAAAAGGCUGGGGAUGCAUUAAAUGAGAAGAGGUACCGUCAGCACCCAGACACCAUCAAGUUUACCAGUGUGCCAGACUCAGUGACAAUGGUUUUAGCUCAGCACAACACCAAGCAACUGAGUGAUGUAGCAUAUAAGCAAGAGGGUGAAAAAGUAAAGCACAAAUACAAGCUUGAUCCUGAUGUCCCUCAGUUUAUUCAAGCAAGGGUCAACGCCUUCAAUUUAAGUGAUGCUAACUACAAAGCAGACUGGAAAAAAACCAUUGCCAAAGGAUACGAUCUGAAACCAGAUGCCAUUCCUAUUAUUGCUGCUAAAGCAUCUCGAAAUAUUGCAAGUGAUUACAAGUACAAGGAAUCGUACGAGAAAGAUAAAGGCAAACAGGUUGGAUACCGCAGCCUGCAGGAUGAUCCCAAACUUGUUCAUUACAUGAACGUGGCCAAAAUGCAAUCAGAGCGUGAAUACAAGAAGGAUUAUGAAGUGACCAAGACCAAAUAUCACACUCCCCUGGAUAUGUUCAGUGUGACGGCUGCCAAGAAAGCGCAGGAGGCCGUUACAAACAUGGGCUAUAAACAGCCCAUUCACCAUUAUACUCUCUUGCCUGAUUCUGUGAAUCUGGAGCUAUCAAGAAACAUGAUGCAGCUUCAGAGCGAUAACGUGUACAAAGCAGACUUUAAUAACUGGCUGAGAGGAGUUGGCUGGCUGCCGAUUCAAUCCUUGGAUGUAGAAAAGGCCAAAAAAGCUUCAGAUAUUCUCAGCGAAAAGAAAUAUCGCCAGCACCCCGACAAGCUGAAGUACUCUAUUCCACUGGAUGCAAUGGAGCAAGUGCUAGCUAGACAAAAUGCCAAGACUAUGAAUAAGAGGCUCUACACUGAUAAAUGGAAUAAAGAGAAGACCAGCAUUCAUGUUAUGCCAGAUACUCCAGAAAUUCUGCAGUCUAGAGUGAACCAGAUCACAAUGAGUAAUAAACUAUACAAAGCUGGAUGGGAGGAAGACAAGAAGAAAGGUUAUGACAUGCGUCCUGAUGCUAUUCCAAUAAAAGCAGCCAAAACUUCCCAGGACAUUGCAAGUGAUCAUAAAUACAAACUAGCCUAUGAAAAAGCAAAAGGAAAGCAUAUUGGCUUCCGCAGCCUUGAAGACGACCCCAAGCUGGUGCACUUCAUGCAGGUGGCUAAGAUGCAAUCUGAUCGUGAAUACAAGAAAGAUUACGAGAAGGCAAAGACUAACUUCCAUACUCCAGUUGACAUGCUCAGCGUUGUGGCAGCCAAGAAAGCACAGGAAGUGGCUACAAAUACAAACUACAAGAACUUGAUCCAUAUCUACAAUGUUUUACCUGAUGCUAUGAGUCUUGAACUAGCCAAAAACAUGAUGCAGAUACAAAGUAAUAAUCAAUACAGAGCAGACUAUGAUGAAAGUAUGAAGGGUGUUGGAUGGAUGCCACUGGGCUCUCUGGAGGCUGAGAAGAACAAGAAAGCCACGGAAAUUCUUAGUGAAAAGAAAUACCGUCAGCAUCCAGACAAGUUGAAGUAUUCUGUUCCUGUGGAUUCCAUGAAUAUGGCCUUAGCUUUACAUAAUGCUAAAAUCAUGGAUGAGCACCAAUACAAACAAGCAUGGGAAGAGGAUAAGAAGAAGGUUCACAUAACGCCAGAUAUUCCACAGUUUGCUUUAGCGAAAGCUAAUGCAUUUAAUAUAAGUGAUAAAAUGUAUAGACAUUCUUUUGAAGAAGCCAGAAAGAAGGGGUACGAUCUCAGAUCUGAUGCUAUCCCUAUUAAAGCUGCCAAAGCUUCUAGGGACAUUGCUAGUGAUUAUAAAUACAAAUUAGGUUAUGAGCAAGACAAGGGAAAGCUUGUAGGCUUCCGCAGCCUUCAGGAUGAUCCUAAACUUGUCCAUUAUAUGCAAGUGGCAAAGAUGCAGUCUGAUCGUGAAUACAAGAAGGCCUACGAGGCAAGCAAGACUCAUUACCAAACACCUUCUGAUUCACUCAGUAUCAUGGCAGCUAAGGAGGCACAAGAUCGUGUAACCAAUGCAAACUACAAACGACUGAUACACCACUAUAUGCUUCUGCCGGAUGCAAUGAGUUUUGAAUUGUACAGGAACAUGAAUCAGAUACAAAGUAAUAAUGAAUACAAACAAGAUUACAAUGAAUGGUUCAAAGGUAUUGGUUGGAGUCCUGCUGGUUCUCUGGAUGUGGAGAAAUCUAAGAAAGCUACAGAAAUUGCAAGUGACCGGAAAUACCGACAGCAUCCCAGCACGUUUUCUUUUACAAAAGACACUGAUGCCAUGGAUAUGGUUCUUGCAAAGCACAACGCAGAUAUAAUGAAUAAACAUGCUUAUACUCAGGCCUGGGAAAAGGAUAAAACUCAAGUUCACGUGAUGCCAGAUACACCAGAUAUCCUACAGGCAAAACAGAACAAGGCGAACUACAGUCAGAAACAUUACAAGCUCGGCUGGGAGGAAAUGAUUAAGAAGGGCUAUGACCUCACACCUGAAGCCAUUUCAGUGAAAGCUGCCAAAGCUUCAAGGGACAUUGCAAGCGACUACAAGUACAAAGAGGGUUACCGCAAGCAGCAGGGACAUCACAUUGGAUUCCGGAGCUUACAGGAUGAUCCGAAGAUGAUGUGGUCUAUGCAAGUAGCUAAAAUGCAGAGCGAGAGGGAGUAUAAGAAAGAUUUUGAAAAGUGGAAGACAAAGUUUAACAUGCCUGUGGAUAUGUUAGGCUUCCUUCUGGCUAAGAAGUGUCAAGAAUUGGUUAGUGAUGUAGACUACAAACACAUGCUACACCGCUGGACUUGUCUACCAGACCAAAAUGAUGUCACCCAAGCAAAGAGGGUCUACGAACUGCAGAGUGAUAAUCUGUACAAGUCAGAUCUGCAGUGGCUCAGAGGCAUUGGAUGGAGUCCUUUGGGAUCUUUGGAGUCUGAAAAGAACAAGAAAGCUUCUGAAAUACUAAGUGAAAAGAAGUACCGGCAGCACCCAGAUACUAUUAAGUUCACAAGUAUCCCAGAUGCCAUGAAUAUCACCUUAGCAAAAUCUAAUGCCAAAAAUAGAAGUGAUAUACUGUAUAGAGAGGCUUGGGACAAGGACAAAACUCAGGUUCAUAUCAUGCCAGAUACUCCUGAAAUUUUGUUGGCUAAAUCAAACUUAAUCAACACAAGUGAUAAACAUUACAAGUUAGGAUAUGAAGAGCUGAGGAGGAAAGGCUAUGAUCUUCCUCCUGAUGCCAUACCACUCAAGGCAGCGAAGGCAUCCAGAGACAUCGCCAGUGAAUAUCAGUACAAAACAGCAUACCGCAAGCAGCUGGGCCACCACAUUGGAGCGCGCAACAUCGAGGACGACCCCAAGAUGAUGUGGUCGAUGCACGUAGCCAAGAUCCAGAGUGACAGGGAGUACAAGAAAGCCUUUGAGAAGACCAAGACGCACUUCAGCAGCCCUGUGGACAUGCUGGGAAUUGUGUUGGCCAAGAAAUGCCAGGAGCUGGUCAGCGAUGUUGACUACAAGCAUCUUCUGCAUCGGUGGACCUGUCUGCCGGACCAGAACGAUGUUAUCCAUGCUAAGAAGGCCUAUGAUCUGCAGAGUGAUGCUGUUUAUAAAUCCGACUUGGAAUGGCUGAGAGGAAUUGGAUGGGUUCCUAUUGGCUCUUUGGAUGUUGAGAAGGCUAAGAAAGCUGGAGAAAUCCUGAGCGAGAGGAAGUAUCGUCAACCAGCCGACCAAAUCAAAUUUACUAGCGUGACAGAUUCUUUGGCUAUGAUGUUAGCCAAGCAUAAUGCUGAGAUAAUGAACAAGCGUUUAUAUACAGAAGCCUGGGAUGCAGACAAAACGUCGAUUCACGUCAUGCCUGACACUCCAACCAUUUUAUUAGCCAAGGCCAACGCAGAGAAUGUUAGCCAUAAACAUUAUAUACAAGCCUGGGAAGAGGCCAAAAAGAAGGGUUAUGACAUGAGAGCUGAUGCAAUUCCAAUUCGAAGUGCAAAGGCAUCGAGAGAUAUUGCGAGUGAUUACAAGUACAAGGAAGCUCACGAGAAGCAGAAAGGGCACUACAUUGGGUGCCGAACCGCCAAGGAGGAUCCCAAGCUGUCGUGGGCUGCACGAGCCAUGCUGCUGCAGAACGACCGCAUUUACAGGAAGGCGUACAACGACUCCAAGACCCACAUCCACCUGCCGGUGGAUGCGAUGUCACUGCAGGCAGCCAAGGAGUGCCAGACACUUGUCAGUGAUGUUGACUACCGCCAUUACCUUCACCAGUGGACGUGUCUGCCUGACCAGAAUGAUGUGAUGCACGCGAGGAAAGCCUACGACCUACAGAGUGAUAAUGUGUACAAAUCAGACCUGGAGUGGUUGCGAGGUAUUGGCUGGCUGACAGAAGGUUCUGUGGAUGUGGUCAAAGCCAAGAAAGCCCAGGAAAUCCUGAGUGACAAGCUGUACCGCACGCAGCCGGACCAGAUAAAAUUCACCAGCAUCACUGAUUCACCAGAUGUUGUCCAGGCUAAGAUCAAUGCUUUGCAACUCAGUAAUCGUCUGUACCGCGAGGCCUGGGACAAGGACAAGACACAGAUUUCCAUACCUUCUGACACUCCUGAGAUGCUGCAGUCAAAACUCAACGCUCUGAACAUCAGCAAUAAACAUUAUCAGGCGGCCUGGGAUGAGGCCAAAGCGAAGAACUAUGACCUGAGAGCUGACGCCAUUCCCAUCAAACAUGCCAAGGCUUCCAGAGACAUUGCUAGUGAGUACAAGUACAAGGAAGCUCACGAGAAGCAGAAAGGGCACUACAUUGGGUGCCGAACCGCCAAGGAGGAUCCCAAGCUGUCGUGGGCUGCACGAGCCAUGCUGCUGCAGAACGACCGCAUUUACAGGAAGGCGUACAACGACUCCAAGACCCACAUCCACCUGCCGGUGGAUGCGAUGUCACUGCAGGCAGCCAAGGAGUGCCAGACACUUGUCAGUGAUGUUGACUACCGCCAUUACCUUCACCAGUGGACGUGUCUGCCUGACCACAACGAUGUGGUGCACGCGAGGAAAGCCUACGACCUACAGAGUGAUGCUAUUUAUAAGUCAGACCUAGAAUGGCUCCGUGGAAUUGGCUGGUUGCCUAAUGAUUCUCCAGGUAUUCAGAGAGUGAAACAUGCCCAGGAUCUCCUGAGUGACAAGGUGUAUCGCACACCUAUUGACAGCGUGAAGUACACCAGUGUCGUCGAUUCUCCAGACAUUCUUCUAGCUAAAGUGAAUGCUGAACAGCUCAGUAUUCCAAAAUACAAAGAAGCCUGGGAAAAGGACAAGACUAUGAUCCAUAUUAUGCCAGACACACCUGAAAUCAACCUAGCCAAGUCUAAUGCUCAUAAUUAUAGCAAGAAACUGUAUAGAGAAGCCUGGGAUGAAGUGAAGAUGAGUUACGAUUUGAGAGCAGACGCAAUCCCAAUUAAAGCAGCCAAAGCUUCCAGAGAAAUUGCUAGUGACUAUAAAUACAAACUGGAUCAUGAGAAGCAGAAAGGACAUUAUGUUGGAGUUCCAAAUGCAAAAGCAGAUACAAAAAUGGAGUUUGCCCUUGGCAUAGGCAAGGUUCAGAGUGAACUAGAAUACAAGAAACACUUUGCCAAAUGGAAGACACAGUGCCAUCUGCCCGUUGAUAUGCUGUCUAUCCAGUCAGCUAAACAUGGGCAGUCUUUGGUCAGUGAUAUUGAUUACCGUCAUUACUUGCAUCAGUGGAUCUGUCUUCCAGAUCAGAAUGAUGUGAUACAUGCCAGGAAAGCCUACGAUCUUCAAAGUGAUGCUAUUUACAAAUCUGAUUUAGAAUGGCUACGAGGAAUUGGAUGGCUACCAAAUGAUUCACUUGGGAUAAAUCAUGUCAAACAUGCCGGAGACCUAUUGAAUGAGAGAAAGUAUCGUACAAAAGCUGAAACACUUCGAUUUACUCCAGUGACAGACAGAGUUGAUUAUGUCACAGCGAAGAAAAGUGGUGAAAUUCUUAGUGAUAUUAAAUACCACAAAGCAUGGAAUGAGGUCAAGUCAAAUUACACUCUAACAGAUACACCACAGCUGGAUAUGGCUCGAGAGGCAGCCAGAAUUCUUAAUCAGAGUUUAUACAAGGAAAGCUGGGAGAAAGAAAAAGCCACUGGUUAUCUCUUACCUCCUGACACUGUGCAGAUCCGUCAUGCCAAACACUCAAAUGAAGUCCAAAGUGAGCUUAAGUACAAAGCUGACCAUGUCAAACAAAGAGGUCACUACGUGGGAGUCCCCAGUAUGAGAGAUGAUCCGAAACUGGUGUGGUUUGAACAUGCAGGCGAGAUCCAGAAUGACAGAUUGUAUAAAUCAAAUUACCACAAAACAAAGUCCAAAAUUCACAUCCCUGCGGAUAUUAUGUCAGUUGUAGCAGCCAAGGAGUGUCAGACGUUGGUCAGUGAUAUUGACUACCGCCAAUACCUGCAUCAAUGGACGUGCCACCCUGACCAGAAUGAUUGUAUUCACGCAAGGAAGGCCUAUGAUCUGCAAAGCGAUAAUAUUUAUAAAUCUGAUUUGGAAUGGCUCCGUGGUUGUGGCUGGAUUCCUCUGGAUUCAGUGGAACAUAAGAAAGUUAAGCAUGCACAGGAACUGAUAAAUAAGAGAGCAUAUACGAAAGAUGCCCUUGAAAACUUUUCUAAGUUCACCAGUGUGGUUGACACUCCAGACAUUGUCUUGGCAAAGAUUAACUCUGUCAAUCAGAGUGAUCUAAAAUACAAAGAAACAUUUAACCUCGAGAAAGGCCAGUACAUCGGGUCUGAUGACACUCCUGAACUGAAUCAUGCCAGAGACAUGUCCUUACUGUAUAGUGAUACACUUUAUAAAAGAGACUGGGAAAUCAGCAAGCCCCUUGGGUAUACUUUGGAUACAAAAUACAUUCCACUUGUUGGAGCCAAGCAUGCAAACUACGUGAAUAGUGAGCGUAAAUACAAGGAGCUGUAUGAGAAGCUGAAGGGCCAUUAUCUGGCUGGGAAGGACAUUGGAGAUUUCCCCAGCGUCGUUCAUUCGUUAGCAUUCCAGAAAAUAAGGAGCGCGCUGGCAUACAGAAAGAAUUACGAAGACACUAAAACAAGAGUCCAUAUUCCAAGUGAUAUGAUGAAUCAUGUGCUAGCUAAGAAGUGCCAGUAUAUCCUCAGUGACCUUGAAUACCGAACUUACCUCCACCACUGGAAUUGUUCCCCUGAAGAGCAUGAUGUUAUUCAAGCAAAAAGGGCCCAAGAAAUUUUGAGUGAUGUGGUGUAUAAAGAUGACUUAAAUUGGCUGAAGGGAAUUGGAUGCUAUGUCUGGGAUACUCCACAAAUCCUGCAUGCUAAAAAAUCAUAUGACCUCCAGAGCCAAAUAAAAUAUACAGCUGCUGGAAAAGAGAAUUUUCAGAACUUUGGUGUUGUUACUGAUACACCAGUCUAUGUGACUGCAGUGCAGAGUGCUAUAAAUGCCAGUGAUGUUAAAUACAAAGAAGAUUACCAUAAAACUAAGGACAAGUAUACAACUGUGACUGAAACAGUAGACUCUGAAAGAGUUCAAAAUCUGAAACAUCUUUUUAGCAAUAAUCUCUACAAGGAGGCCUGGGACAGGGUGAAAGCUACUAGCUACAUAAUGCCCUCUGAUGCUGUAUCCCUAGCACGUGCAAAAGAACUGAAGCAUAAUGCUAGUAUUGUAAAAUACCGAGAAGAAUAUGACAAGUUCAAAGCUCUAUACACAAUACCUGGAAGUGUUGAGGAUGACCCCAAUAUAGCAAGGUGCCUUAGAGUUGGAAAGCUUAAUAUUGAUCGUCUGUACAGGGAAACCUAUGAAAAGAAUAAAACCAAAGUCCACAUUAUUCCUGACAUGGUAGACAUAAUUGCUGCUAAAGAUGCACAGCAGAAAAUCAGUGAAAUCGAUUACCGCGUACGUCUCCACAACUGGAUCUGCCUACCAGAUCUUCAGAUCAACGCACAUGUUCGAAAAGUAGCUGAUCAGAUCAGUGAUGUGGUAUACAAGGAUGAUCUUAACUGGCUGAAAGGCAUUGGCUGCUUUGUUUGGGACACUCCUGAGAUUCUCCAUGCUAAACAUGCCUACGACCUUCGCAGUGAUAUCAAGUACAAAUCUGCUGCAGAAAAAACGAAGAGCAAAUACACUGUGGUCAUGGACACUCCUAUCUAUGUCCAGAGUAUCCUCAGUGGCUUGAAUGCCAGUGAGAUUAUCUAUCGUGGUGACUACUUAAAUAAAGUUAGAGGCAAAGCGAUUCCCACUAACAAGACAGUGGAUUUGGAGCGGGCACGUCAUGCAAACAAGAUACAGAGUGAAAAUUUGUAUCGCUGGGCUGGUUUGAAAGCUCUGCCUACUGGAUACAGUCUUCCCAAAGAUACCCCUGGCUUCCAGCAUGCCAAACACGUCCAGUACAUUGGCAGUGAUCUGAAAUAUAAAGAAGCCUAUGAACAUAUGAAAGCUAAAGGCUACACUCUGGGACCUAAUGAUGUUGGGUUUGAGAAUGUGAAGAAAGUGAAUCAAGUCAUUAAUGAGAGGUUGUAUCGGGCAACGUACCACAAGAACAAGGAUAAGAUUCAUACUACUCCAGACACACCAGAAAUCCGUCAAGUCAAAGCAACACAGGAAGCUGUCAGUGAUUUGAUCUACAAGUCAGAUUUCUUUAAGAUGCAAGGACACUUGAUUUCCUUGCCAUUUACUCCUCAGGUGUUGCACUGCCGCUAUGUUGGGGACAUCACAAGUGAUAAUAAAUACAAAGAGGAUCUGAAGUGGUUGCAGGGCUUGGGCUGCUUCCUUUAUGAUACUCCUGAUAUGGUCCGUGCUCGUCAGCUGCGUAAGCUUUGGUCUAAUUACGUGUAUACUGAUACUGCAAAGAAGAUGCGGGAUAAAUACAGUGUGGUGUUGGAUACUCCUGGGUACAGGAAUGUUCAGGAACUGAAAGCCCAUUUGAGUGAACUGGUUUACAGAGCUGCAGGCAAGGAGCUGAAGACAAAAUACACUUCUGUCCUUGACACACCUGACUACUUAAGAGCCAAGAAAGGACAAAAAAUACAGAGCCAGUAUUUGUAUGUGGAACUUGCCACCAAAGAGAGACCUCAUCACCAUGCUGGUAGCCAGACUCCAGCCUUCACACAUGCCAGGCAUGUAAAAGACAUGGUCAGUGAGACAAAAUAUAAGAUCCAGUAUGAGAAGAUGAAGGACAAAUACACACCAGUCCUUGACACACCAGUCUUGAUCAGAGCCAAGAGAGCAUACCUGAAUGCCAGUGAUUUGCGCUACAAAGAAACCUUUGAGAACACGAAGGGGAAAUACCACACAGUGAAAGAUGCUUUGGAUAUUGUCUAUCAUCGAAAAGUCACAGAUGAUAUUAGCAGUGUGAAAUACAAAGAAAAUUACAUGAGCCAGCUGGGAGUCUGGAGAUCAAUCCCAGACCGACCAGAACAUUUCCAUCAUCGUAUCGUCACAGAUGCUAUUAGUGAUGUUAAAUACAAGGAAGACUUAUCGUGGCUCAGAGGCAUCGGCUGUUAUGUGUGGGAUACACCAGAUUUUACUUUGGCAGGAAAGAAUAAAGUGCUCUACAGUGGGCAUAAGUACAAGGAGACAUUUGAAAAGACAAAGUCUAAUUACAAGUACGUAGCUGACUCUCCAAUUAACAGGCAUUUUAAACAUGCAACUCAGUUGCUGGAUGCGAACAGUUAUAAAUCCCUUGCCAAGAUGCUCCUGAAACAAGGGUGUAAUGAAAUUCUGAGGCCAGAUAUCCUGACAGCACUCUACAACUCAUACUUAUGGAGCCAGGUGGAGUACAAAAAGGACUAUGAGAAGAAGAAAGAUAAGUAUACCACAGUUGUGGAUACUCCAGAAAACUUAAGGACUGCAAAAGUCAACAAACAGAUUAGUGAUAUUAUUUACAAGUUGGAAUAUAACAAAGCGAAGCCCAAAGGCUACACUACAAUUCACGACACCCCAAUGCUGCUGCACGUGCGCAAAGUCAAGGACAGGAUAAGUGAUCUGAAAUACAAAGAAGUGUAUGAGAGGAAUAAAUCCCACUGCAAUGUUGUAGCAGAUUCAGUUCAUAUUAAGACUCCACGGCACGCUUACAAGCUGAACAGCAAUCUGGAUUAUAAGAAGAAAUAUGAGGCAGCCAAGGCUCAUUGGCACUGGAUUGCUGAUAGGCCUGACUUUGUCCAAGCAGCCAAGUCAUCUCUGCAGCAAAGUGACUACGAAUACAAACUGGACCGAGAAUUCCUGAAGGGAUGCAAACUCUCUGUCACAGAUGAUAAGAACACAGUGUUGGCUUUGAACAAUGCCAUCUUGGCAAGUGAUGUAAAAUACAAAGAGAAGCACAACAAAGCUCGAGGAACAUGCCUGGUUGUUCCAGAUACACCUCAGAUCCUCCUGGCUAAGAAUGUCAGCUCUCUGGUAUCUGAGAACAAAUACAAAGAACACAGCAAGAAACAGCUACCACGUGGGUCUUACACAACCCUACCUGAGACAAGAGACACUGCUCAUGUGAAAGAGGUGACCAAGAACGUCAGUGAUACAAACUAUAAAAAGAAGUUUGUGAAGGAGAAAGGCAAGUCUAAUUAUUCUAUCAUGCUGGAGCCUCCUGAAGUGAAACAUGCCAUGGAAGUUGCUAAAAAACAGAGUACAAUUGAAUACAAGAAAGAUGCCAAGUCAAAGCUCCACUACACACCUAUUGCAGAUCGCCCGGAUAUUAAGAAAGCAACUCAGGCUGCUAAGUUAAUUAGUGAUAUUGAAUAUAAAAAGCGUGGAGAAGCUGGCCUUGGUGUGACCAUGCUGGGACGUCCAGAUAUUGAGCUGGCGAAGGAAGUGUCCAAGCUAACCAGUCAGGCGGAAUACCUGAAGCGGCACAUGAGGGGGCACGGAGCUGCAUCUUAUGAUACACCAUGGAUGAGAACGUUUAAGAAAGCUAAUAUGCUAAGUAGUCAUGUGAAAUACAAGGAGAACUUUUCCAAAGAGAAGGGUAAAAAGCCAAAGUAUGAUUUAAAGGAGGCUAAAAUCUACAAGACCAUGAAAGAUGCUCACAACAUGGCUAGUGAGGUGAAAUACAAAGCAGAUCUCAAGAAACUUCAUAAGCCUGUCACAGACAUGUCUGAGUCGCUGAUCAUGAACCAUGUCCUGAAUACCAGCCAACUCGCCAGUGCUUACCAGUACAAGAAGCAAUAUGAGAAGAGUAAGGGUCACUACCAUAUGGUGCCAGAUAAUCUUGAACAGGUUCAUCUAAGGGAGGCAUCAGAACUGCAGAGCCACGUGAAAUACAAAGAAAAGUAUGAGAAGGAAAAAGGUAAACCUAUGCUGGACUUUGAAACUCCAACAUACCUAACUGCAAAGGAAUCUCAGCUCAUGCAGAGUGAGAAAGAAUAUAAGAGGGACUUUGAAGAGUCCAUUAAGGGCAGAAACCUUACUGGCUUGGAGAUAACACCAUCCUUAUUACAUGUCAAAUAUGCAACCAAAAUAGCAAGCGAGAAAGAAUACAGGAAGGAUCUGGAGGAGGGUGUCAAAGGUAAAGGGCUAUCAGUUUUGGAGGAGACUCCAGACAUGUUAAGAGCAAAGAAUGCAACUCAGAUCCUGAAUGAGAAAGAGUACAAAAAAGCCUUGGAAUUAGAAAUCAAAGGAAAAGGUCUAUCAGAACUGGCUUUGGAAACACCCGAUUUUGUGAGAGCAAAGAAUGCCACCGACAUUGCUAGCCAGAUCAAAUACAAACAGUUGGCAGAAAUGGAGAAGGCCAACUACACCAGUGUUGUCGAUACUCCAGAGAUCAUUCAUGCCCAGCAAGUCAAAAACCUUUCAAGCCAGAAAAAGUACAAGGAGGAGGCAGAAAAGACCAUGCCAUACUAUGUGCCUGUAGCAGACACACCAGAAAUGCAGAGAGUCCGUGAGAAUCAAAAGAACUUCAGCACGCUUCAGUAUCAGUGGGACCUACAGAACAGUAAAGGAAAAGUGACAGUUGUACAAGAUACACCAGAAAUGCUGCGUGUGAAGGAAAACCAGAAGAACUUCAGCUCGAUUUUAUAUAAAGAAGAUAUUGGAACUGGAACUACUAUUGAAAAGACGCCAGAGAUGCAGAGAGUUAAGAGAACCCAGGAUGCAAUUAGCUCGAUUAAGUACAAGGAGAGCAUUGGAAAAGGAACUCCAAUUCCUGAUCUCCCAGAAGUGAAACGUGUCAAGGAGACGCAGAAGCACAUCAGCUCGGUCAUGUACAAAGAGGAGCUGGGGACAGGUAUCCCAACACCUGUAACUCCAGAAAUAGAGAGAGUCAGACGCAAUCAAGAACACAUUAGCUCGGUGUUGUACAAAGAGGAGAUGGGGACAGGGACCCCAAUACCUGUCACUCCUGAAGUUGAGAGAGUGAAACGCAAUCAAGAGCACAUCAGCUCGGUGUUGUACAAAGAGAGCGUGGGGAUGGGGACCCCCACCCCCAUCACUCCAGAGAUGGAGAGGGUCAAACGCAACCAAGAGAUCUGUAGCUCGGUGUUAUAUAAGGAGAACAUAGGGAAAGCCACCCCAACCCCUGUGACUCCUGAGAUGGAGAGAGUCAAACGCAAUCAAGAGAUCAUUAGCUCGGUUUUGUACAAAGAAAAUGUGGGGAAAGUGACCCCAACACCAAUCACUCCAGAGAUGGAGAGAGUCAAACGCAAUCAAGAAAUCAUUAGCUCGGUGUUGUACAAAGAACAGCUGGCAAAAGGCACCCCAACCCCGAUGACCCCUGAGAUGGAGAGAGCCAAGCGCAACCAGGAAAACAUCAGCUCGGUCCUUUACUCCGACAGCUUCCGAAAACAGGUGCAAGGCAAAGCUGCUUAUGUUCUGGACACCCCUGAAAUGCGGCGUGUGCGGGAGACACAGAAACACAUCUCUACAGUGAAAUACCAUGAAGACUUUGAGAAGAACAAAGGUACUUUCACACCUGUAGUCACUGACCCCAUUACAGAACGUGUGAAGAAGAACAUGCAGGACUUCAGUGACAUCAGCUACAGAGGCAUUCAGAGACGAGUGGUAGAAAUGGAGCAAAAGCGCGUGGACCAGGACCAGGAGAAUAAUCUGACAGGUCUUCGUGUGUGGCGCACAAAUCCUGGCUCUGUCUUUGACUAUGACCCUGCAGAGGACAACAUUCAGUCCAGGAGCUUACACAUGAUCUCAGUCCAAGCGCAGCGCCGCAGCAGGGAACACUCCCGCUCUGCCAGUGCCCUGAGCAUCAGUGGAGGGGAUGAGAAAUCAGAGCCCUCGGAGGGGGUGAAUCAGCACCUGUCCUACUACAGCAACGAAGGCUUCUUUACCACCACCACCACAGUGGGUUAUAAACAUGCUAAGACCAUAGAGCUGCCACAACAAAGAUCAGCAUCUGUUGUCACUCAGCAAACCACCGUGUCAUCAGUUCCUUCCCACCCAUCCACUGCUGGGAAGACGUACCGGGCCAUGUAUGACUACACAGCAGCCGACGCCGACGAGGUUUCCUUCAAAGAUGGUGACACAAUUGUCAACGUGCAAGCCAUUGAUGAAGGCUGGAUGUAUGGGACCGUGCAGAGAACUGGCAAGACAGGCAUGCUGCCAGCCAACUACGUGGAGGCUGUGUGAGCCAGAGAACAGCCCUCCCCAGGCACAGCCAUUUCCCACUGUCAGCAACAGAACUUUCUACAACCAAAGCACUGCAUUGUCUUCCAUGGUGAGGGGCAGUGCUUUACAAACCAGCAUGGGGAGAGAAAAAAAAUAUAUAUAACAAAACACUCUUGAAACUUCUUCCCUUCAAAUUGUUUCUGAAAACUACCUGCAAACACCACCUGGUGCUGCUCAUGAGAGCUGCCUUGCUUCCGGUGUCCAAAACCUUUCUGAAAUUGCCUGCAUCUUCCUGUUAAACAUUUAAGCAUACAAUACUAUCAACAUGUUUUAAGCAAUGCCAAAAUCACAACACAGUUCCGUAUCACUGAGCUUUUGUACCUGUGCUGGAGACCAUGCUUACCAACCAUUACUUUAUUCAUUCUCCCACGAGGAGAGAAUCUUUGUGGGCUGUUCUGAAACUUUCAAACAUGUUUGUUUCCCAUGUAAGCUUAGGAUCUCAAACCAAAGUUUAUCUGGAGGGGAGGUGGUAAAAAAAAAAAGGGGGAAAUCUCACAAUGCAAAAGCCUCUUCUGUCUGCUUGCUGAGCUCUUAUGCAGGUGUUUUUCUGUUCUGGGGUCAAAAGUUGUUACUUGUAAAUUAGUGACUAAAUAAAGCUCAUGUUUCCGCA